CUGCCCAACAACCCCUUUCACCAUAUGAUUGUCAGCUUUGUUCGGAGCGAAUGUUAUCACAAUCUUGCAAUCCAAACUCAAAUGGUGUUGAAGUUGUUCCUGUCAAAGCGGCCGAUUUUUCUGCAUCCUCAUUGUGUCUCAUCGUCGUGCCGUAAUUUGGACACCACCACUCGCCUAUCACGAAGAAUUGCAACGAUGUCGGAAAAUAAAUCACCACUGCUCGAGCGAGCGCGGAAUAUAGUGCCUCAUCUGGAAACGCACCGCCAUAAGGGUCAAGCCGGCCGAAUUGGAAUCGUAGGAGGGUCUCUCGAAUACACCGGGGCGCCGUACUUUGCGGCUAUCAGUGCACUGAAAGUGGGGGCUGAUCUGGUGCAUGUGUUCUGUCCACAAGCAGCUGCCCAAGUAAUCAAAUCCUACAGUCCAGAGUUGAUAGUUCAUCCCUUGCUGGACUCAAACGAUGCCACAAUGCAAAUAGAGCCAUGGCUUGAACGAUUACAUGUACUGGUUAUCGGACCGGGAUUGGGCCGAGAUCGAUUGAUUCUACAAACCGUGUCUGAGCUGAUCAAAAUCUGUCGACAACUGCAGAAGCCACUGGUCAUUGAUGCUGAUGGCCUGUUUCUAAUAACUCAUGACAUCAGCCUGGUGAAGGACUACUACGGAGUCAUUCUCACUCCGAAUGCCAUCGAGUUCUGUCGACUGUUUGGAAACGAUCGGGAUCGCAUUAUGCAAACGUUGGAAAAGCUCGGCCGUGGAGUGACAGUCAUCGAGAAGGGUCUAAACGACAGGAUCUACGAUUCGCUGACGUUGGAGAAAUACGAAUGUCCACAGGGAGGCUCGGGGAGGAGAUGCGGCGGGCAGGGUGACUUGCUGGCUGGUGCGCUUGCUACAUUUUACUUUUGGGCGCUGGAAUGUAAGCAGGAAAUUAGUCCGGCCGUGGUUGCCUGCUUUGCAGCAAGUUAUCUCACCAAAAAUUGUAACACUUAUGCAUUCAAAGCCAAAGGUCGCAGCAUGACCUGUACCGAUAUGAUCGAGCAAAUUCACAAUGUGUUCGACGAUAUAUUUGAACAUAAGAAGGAAUAGGACUUAUACAGACGAGGCGGUUGCCGUACAACUGGAUGGUCACAAUUUGUUACAAAUUUAUUCAGACACAUUAUUAGAAAAAUCAUCUCCAUGUUUCAUCAAAUUUGAUAGGUAUAUGGUACUUGAAGAUUGUAUGUAAUAACAUCGGAGCUUGGGAUAAGAGUGUAGCAUUUGAAUUUUGCAAGGAUAUUUUAGAUGUCGUCGAAAUGAUACUGUAUAUCACAUUUCUUCAGAUCAAACUGCUCACCGUAGUCUGUUUUAAUUCUAAUUGUGAAGGGACCUGUGAUUUGUAAUAACGAAACACUCAAUGAAUGUCUUUAUGGGAAGGGAGUGAACUAAUUGUUAAGAAUAUAUAUGAUUUUGAUUUCGUCUAUUUGACUUUCAAUAAAAACUGAAGCUGCUUACAUAUUCAA